AUGGUAUCUCGUAAUGAUGAUUUAUUAAGUUUUGUUCUUGGUCUUAUAUCAGGUGUAAUUGCUUUAAUCAGUUUAAUAUUAACUUGUACUGGUGUUGGUCUUCCAUCAUGGUAUAUUAGUACAAAUGCGAAUAAUACAAACAUUAUAGGUGAAGCAAAUUUAUUUUAUUCUUGUUUUGCUUCAAAUGUUAGUCAAGGAACAAGUUCAGCAGCAUUGACUUGUACUUCUUAUAGUUUCUAUACAUGUUCAACAACAUCUUAUACAAAUACAGUAUUAAAUUCAACAGCAUAUGUAUCCGGUUGUACAAAUCCAACAAAUGGAUCAUCAACAUAUUUAACUGAUAAUGGACCACUUUAUCAAAUAUUAAUUGAUGAUUUUUAUCAUUUACGUAAUGCUGCUAUAUUUUCAAUAAUUACAAUACUUUGUAUAUUUUUUUCAACAAUAUCUGUAUUUUUAACUUCAAUUCUUCUAUUGAAUAUAUAUUUAGUUUUUCUUGCACCAAUACUUGCUUGUCUAAGUGUUAUUUUUGGUAUAUGUUGUUUGGGAUUUGCUGGUUCGGCUUUGAAUUAUACAGGAGCCGGGUUUGCUUUAUUUACGGUUGGAGUUUUAUUUGAAGUUAUCGUUACAACAUUAUCAUCAAUUGUAGCUGGAAGAUUAAAUCAAAUAGAAAAAUUAAACAAUAAUGAACAAUCAUCGACACAUCCUAAUGGUUCACCUAUUUAUUUACGAAAAGUAUAUAAACGAAGAAUGUAA